AUGGCACGCCUCAGUGGCCUCCCAUCCGAGCACCACCACGAGGGCCCCGGUGACGCUCCUCGACGCAAACGCGGCCGCCCGUCUAAGAAUCAGACAACCGACGAUAUGUCAUCCGUCGGAAAACGAACCGCGUCUCCUUCAGCAGAGCUCUCGCAGACCAAGCGCACCAAGCGCCUCCAGACCAUCGAGGACGAUGACGAGGACCAGAUCGCCGAAGAGAUGCGCCAGUCCUUCUCGCGCUCGCAGCGGGGAGACAACCUUCACGUCCAGGAGCAGAGCACCAGUACCACGCGCCGCUACAACCGCCGACACUCUGAGCCUCCAGUCGCCGCCGAUGACGACGACGACGAGCUCAUGUUCAACCGACCCGCCUCCACACAGCCGCUACCUGGCCUGACACCCCAUCUCGACCGUGUCGGUGCCUCCCGCAGCCGCUUUACCAACACCCGCCGCGCCCGCAUGUCAAUGCCAGCUCAGCUGCACGUUGAGCGUGUCGACGAGGUCGAGAACAACGGCAACCGCGUUCAGUUUGCGCCCCUCACACAAGUCCUGGAUGGCCGCGCGCGUCGCCGCCUCCGCCGAAGCCAUCUGAGCCAGGAGGUAAACGACUUCGAAGACCACCAGAAGAAGGACAAGCGGAUGUUCCUGGAGCUACGUCGUCAGCUCAAGGCCCAGGAUGACAAAAUCAAGGACCUGGAGUACCGCCUCGAAGCCCGCCGGUUAGGCGAGAUCGACAUCGCAGACGCAGACGCCAAUGACCUGCAAGUGGAACUAGACGAGGCCCGCCAACAGAUUGACGAGCUACGCGCUUCUUCCCUGUACAACGGUGACGACAAUGAACCAGUUGACAUAUCGGAUGACGAAGACGGUAUGGUCAUGGUCAACCCUGACGACCUGAACAUGUCGCAAGAUCUUGACAUGGAGCCGACACCCGUUGGCAAGUACUCUUCCCGCGCGCUAGAGAUUUCCAGCCAGAUGACACUCGAAUCCCUGCCAUCUCUAUCGCAACUCAGCCGUGACAAUCUCACCGAAGGCGAGGAUAUCAUAAUGGACAAGAUCGAAGACGAGGCCGUCGAGCGCUACGAGCGGGAGCUGAAGCAGAUGAGCAAAGCCUUGGGUGAGUCCCAAGGUGCGCUGCGCUUGAUCACCAUCGAGCUUCAGAAUCUUCGCUUCAUUGAGGCUGGUGCUUCUUCGAGCGAAAUUCUGACCGACUUGCGCCAUGGUUUCGAGGACCUUCGCGCUGAGAUUGAGAAGUUCUUCCCCGGUACCACCGUUGGUCUUACCAACCAACAACUUCUUCAAAAGGUUCCUGAGCUCUUCAGCGGCCUCUUCUUCGAGCUCAAGCAGCAGCUCUCUCAAAUCAGUGUCUCUCAAAAGGCUGAAGUGCUUGUCCGACGACAAUAUGAGGGUGUUCUCGACCUGCUGGGCGAAUCAGACGAGCGCGUGAAGCAGUUAGAGUCAGACGUCUUCACACUUGACAAGGCAAAUGAGGACAAGGCGCGCGCCAUUCUUGAUCUCGAGGAGCGUAACGCUGCCCUGACGGAACUUUCUAACCAACAGGAACUCACUCUCGCCGAACAAGACAGCGCAAUCGCUGGUCUGCAAGAUGAGAACCAAGACAAGGACGUCUCUCUGGCACGACUACGCGAAGCUCUCGAAAAGUAUCGUGUGGAUCUCGACAACGUCACCGCCGCCGCAACCGAAUUCGAGACAAACCAUCACGAAACGAUCGCACGCAUGGAACAGGAAUACACCGAGCGCAUCCAGGCUCUGGAGGCAAACCUCGAUGCUGAGCAGGAGGGUCGCGAUGCUGCCGAGGCCGAAGUAAAGCAAAAAGAUGCUUACAUCGAGGAGUUGGAGGACAGUAUUGCGCGCAUGGAGACCGAUGUCGAUAACAUCACCACCGACAUGACUACUCUCAGAGAGCGUCUGGCUGCGCAGACCGCCGCCCGCGAGACUGCGGAGGGCGAGCGUGAUGACCAGAUCGAGCAGGUCUACCAGCACGCCAACACCAUUGAAAAUCUCAACGAGGCCAUCGUUGAACUCAAGGAACAGCUUGCCAACACCCGAGAGAAUCUAGGUUCUGAACGUGCUCAACGCGAGAAGACCGAGGCUGAUCUUGACGAGGCGAAUGACAAGAUCGAAGAUCUCACCACCCGCCUCCACGACACUGGCCUUCAGGCUAAUGAGCUGCGAUCCAAGCUUUUCCAACUCCAACAAGAGAAGGAGACCGCUCUGGCAGAGCUGCAAGAAGACGCCGAUGAGCGCGAGCUUCAACUGAACAACCAGCUCGAUGCAGAGACUGAGCUUCGUCAGACUAAGGAGAACACAAUUGGUCAGUUGGAACAGCAGAUCCUCGGCCUUGAGAGUGAUAUCGCGACACUUGAGAACAACCUGUCUGACAUGACCGAUGCUCGCGAUCAGCUCGAGCAGGAUCGUGACGUCCAAGUCGCCAACCUUGCUGCUCAGCUCGCUGACCUGAAGACCAAGUACAUGGCGCUGGAGAACUCCACCAACUCUACCAUCACCUCACUCCAGGCCAACAUCACAGACCUUAACAACCAGAUCCAACGGCAACAAGCUGAGAUAAAUGAUCUCUUCGAUCAGGUCACUGAGAAGGAGCGCAUCUACCUUGAGGAUACGACUGCCCUCCAGGGAAGGAUCGAUUCUCUUGAGGAGGACCUAACGGUUCAAAAGGCGGAGAACGAAGGCUACCGCAAGGAGAACUUGUCUCUCUCAAGGCGUGUUGAGUCCGAGGCCAACGAGCUUCUGAACAUUGUCGACGCCCACGCUAACGAGGUCAAUGCCCUUAAUGCUGUCAUCAAGACACAAGAGGCCACCAUCAAGAGCCUUCAAGAUGCCUCUGCGAAGCGCACUACGGAGUACGAGGAGAUGAUUGAGGAGCGUACAACUGAGCUCACAGAGAUGCGUCUGCUAGGUGAAGCUCGCCUCGAGACCAUUAUACUUCUGGAGGCCCAGAUCGAGGAGAUGAAGGAACACUUCCGUCUUGCUGAAGAAGACACUCGUGCCACCAUCGACGCCCUCACUGUCUCGCAACGUCAACUCCAGGAGCAGAAUGAGCGUCUUGCUGAUGACUUGAAGCGCCGCAACCAGGACGCUCUCCAAGCCGUCCAAGAAAUGAAGCUCAAGCGUGUUGAAGUCAAGACCCAAGGCGUGGGCGACCUCCACCGUGUCGCUAAUGGCAAGGUCUUGAAGACCAGCGAAAAGGUCAAGAUUGGAAAGAAGGGCAAGAAGAAGGUCUCUUCUAGGCGUCAAUGGGACUCCGGCUUCGGCGUUGACGAGAAUGUUGAAGACGAGGAGCUCAACGCAGAGGAGCCACUUGCUGCAUAG